AUGAACCACCGUUGUGGCAAUACUCUGCUCUUCUAUCAAAGAUACAGUGUUCUGUGUAAAGCUAUAGGAUAUAUGGAUUUAACUGAAGUUUUCACAAUUCUGAUACAUCUCAUGUCAGUCCUGUAUGCUGGAUAUUGUUAUUCUGGAGAUAAAGCCAUGAAUCCUUCUUGUAAUCUGGAGAUUAUCAAGACACUUGAGGACUAUGAAUAUAUUCAAGAAGGAAAUAUCAUGAUUGGAGGAGUGAUAACUGUGAAUGCGUUGGUGUCUCGUUUCAGAAAUACACACAGUUAUGAUAAAUUCAUGUUGUGUCUGAAGCCAAGUCCCCAAAAUUACAAAUAUCUUUUGGAUUUCCGUUACUUCAUCAAUGAAUUUAACAAGACCCUAUUCUUGAAACAAAACCUGACGCUGGGAUACCACAUAUAUGAUUCCUGUGGAGAUGUAUAUAAGGCACAGAGGAGCAUAUUACAGAUAUUAUCUGGACUCAGAGACCCAAUUCCUAAUUAUUCCUGUGCAGGGAAGAGAAAUAUUGUUGGAUUUAUUGGGGAUCUCACCUCAGAAACAACAAUUCCCAUUGCUCAUAUACUCAGUGUGCUUGGCUAUUCUCAGAUCAGUUAUGGAGCUACAGACCCUUUCCUCAGUGACAGAGCCACCUUCCCAUUCUUUUUCCGGACAGUACAAAGUGAGGAAAGCCAGUAUUUUGCUAUAACACAAUUACUGAAAUAUUUUGGAUGGACCUGGGUUGGAAUUAUUACAUCGGAUGAUGUAACUGGAGACAGAGCUUAUCAACUGCUUACAAAGUAUCUCUCCAGUGAAGGCAUCUGCAUUGACUUCACAAUAAAGAUCCGCUAUGGCGAUUCCCAUAAACAUUAUCCUUUGUAUAGGGAGAUCAUCCAGAGAUCCUCAACCAGCGUUGUUAUUUUUUGUGGGAUAAUGAAUAUGGAGAAUGCAGAAAAUGUACAUGAACUAUCAGAUCUACUUAGUGAAAAGACCUUUAUCUUUCCAUCUAACUGGUUAUAUAAUAGCCUGGCUCUUGGUUAUGCACUUACAUUACUUAAUGGGAGCUUGAUAUUUAUGCAGAACAGGGCAGACUAUACUAAAAAUAAUCUCCACUUCAGACAGUUCCUGGAAAGUGUCCAUCCUUCAGCAUACCCAGAUGAUAAAUUGCUAGAAGACAUUUGGAUGUUCUAUCACUUAUGUUUGUCAAAAGAUGAAAAAAGGAAUAUUUUACAUGAAUUCCUUUAUUCACAACAUCUUCAUAAAUGCACAGGAGCAGAACGACUAAUAGAUAUUAAUGCCUUUGAUGAUGAAUUUCAUACGUUUAGUAUCAUGGUUGCAGUUCAUACCUUGGCUGUAGUGAGUGACGGGCUGCAUUAUUUGCAAUUACAUAAUCAGCAGAAUUUGGGAACUAGCAAGGUGAUCCAUUAUAAGUAUCAGAUUCCAAGAGCUCAGUGUUCACAAAGCUGUCUCCCUGGCUUUAGGAAGGCAACAAAGUCUGGAGCCAAGUCCUGUUGUUAUGAUUGUGUCCUGUGUUCCGAAGGAGAGAUCUCCAUUGUUACUGACAGUGACAACUGUUUCCUUUGCUCAGACAAGGAAUGGCCCAACGAGAAGAAAAAUCAGUGUAUCCCCAAAUCUGAACACUUUCUCUCAUAUACAAUUGACAUGAUUUCUGUGGUUUUCACAUUCAUGUCACUUUUCUUUUUUGCUGUAACAGCGAUGAUAUUGACAGUUUUUAUUAAAUAUCAGGACACCCCCAUUGUGAGAGCCAACAAGAGGAGCCUGAGCUUUCUCCUCCUUGUCUCCAUCAAGCUGAGCUUCCUUAGUGUGUUUCUGUUCCUCGGUCGCCCUGUGGAUAUAACCUGCAUGCUGCGUAACAUCACUUUUGGAAUCACCUUCUCCAUAGCUGUCUCUUCUCUCCAGGCCAAGACUAUCAUGGUUUGUGUUGCUUUCAAAGCCACCAAGCCAGGGAGCUCAUGGAGAAAAUGGGUGGGAGUCAAACUGUCCAAUUCUGUAGUCUUGUUCUGCUCAUCCAUUCAAAUAAUAAUCUGCAUGACUUGGUUGGCCAUUUCUCCUCCCUUUCAGGAACUGGACCUUCACACUUACCCUGGAACCAUCAUCAUUCAGUGCAAUGAGGGCUCAGCUAUUGGCUUUUACUCAGUUAUUGGGUAUAUGGGGCUUCUGGCAGCUGUUAGUUUUGUUUUAGCAUUUUUAGCUCGGACAUUACCGGACAGUUUUAAUGAGGCCAAGUACAUCACUUUCAGCAUGCUGCUCUUCUGCAGUGUUUGGAUCACAAUGAUCCCGGCUUAUCUGAGCACCAAAGGCAAAAACACUGUGUGUGUGGAGAUAUUUGCCAUACUCACCUCAAGUGCUGGACUUUUAUUCUGUAUAUUUCUUCCAAAAUGUUACACAAUUUUGUUUAGACCUGAUAUUAAUAAAAAAUCAAAUUUAUUUUUAGUCAAAACCUGA